UCAUCUUCUGACGACAUUUUGUGUAUAGAUUUUGUCUGUGAUUUUGUCAUUACUUUUUUUAGCUUACUUACCGCAUUCCAAAGCGUAAUUGUUCUAAAAAAUUGUGUACUCGGCUGUCUGAAACCUGAAACCAAAGUCAGGACGAGUUGAUUAGAAGUAGUUUCAUAUUGCCGCAAAAUGCCUCCAACUGAUUCUACCCCGAACAACGAAACCGGGAAUUUUGAGUUGUAUUAUUCCCUGAAGGCCUUUAAUAAAAUACCGGUUGCUGAGUAUGUUUCGAAAAAGACCGGCCUCACAGUCUGCAUUGCUGAAGUUGAAGGUCCUAUAGUUAAUGGAUACUUUUGUUUAGUUACCGAAGCAUUUGAUGACGAUGGUCUACCUCAUACUCUCGAGCAUUUAAUUUUUUUGGGUAGUGAAAACUAUCCUUUUAAAGGGGUUUUAGAUCUAUUGGCAAACCGUUGUCUGGCUUCUGGUACGAAUGCCUGGACCGAUAUUGACCAUACUUGUUACACUAUGGAAACUGCUGGGUCUGAGGGAUUUCUAUCGUUAAUGCCCAUAUUUUUGGAACAUAUUUUGUAUCCAAAUUUGAAUGAGGAAAGUUUUGUUACCGAAGUUCAUCACAUAACAGGAGAGGGUGAAGACGCUGGCGUUGUUUAUUGUGAAAUGCAAGGCAGGGAAAACUCAGCUGAAUCUCGAUUGCAUUUGGCUGUAGCUCGAAACAUUUACCCCGGCCGUUGCGGAUAUUCUUCUGAAACUGGUGGUAUAAUGAAGAAUUUGAGGGAAUCAACUAAUAACACAAAAGUUCGAUCGUAUCAUAAAGAGCUUUAUAGACCCGAAAACUUGAAAAUUAUAGUUACUGGGCAAAUCAAUCCGCAAGAUGUUUUCAAAGCUUUGGAACCUCUAGAAUUUCAAAUACUUUCUAAAGGUGAAAGAGGACCUUUUCAAAGACCAUGGCAAUCUCCUGUACCGCCACUGGAUUCUUCUAAGGAAUUGGUUAUUAAAUAUCCGUCUGACGAUGAAGAUAAUGGUCUGUAUGCUAUAGCUUGGAGAGGGCCGUCGUGUGUUACUGAUUUAUACACAAUGACAGCAUGUUCGCUGUUAUUAAAGUAUUUUACUGAGAAUUCUGUAUCUCCAUUGCCGAAGGCAUUUGUUGAAAUUGACGAUCCGUAUGCCAGUAAUGUGUGUUACAACUUAUAUGAGAAUUCGGAAACUUGUUUCUAUAUAAUGUUUGAGAAUGUGCCAGUAUCAAAAUUGAGUGAAUUAAAAAGCAAGUUAAAAGAGGAAUUGCAAAGGAUUCUAAACAGUGAAGAGAUCGACAUGCAAAAACUUGAAAGUAUUAUUAACAGAUAUAAGUUGGAGAAUAUCAGUAACAUCGAAAACAAUCCCCAUCAUUCAAUCGCCUUUAUGAUAAUUGGGCAUAUGUUGUAUGGAAAUACCAAGGAAGAUCUACAACAAAGAGUUAAUCCACUAGACGAUCUGGCUAAACUAAGCAAAGAAUCCAAAUCAUUCUGGCUACAAAUUCUCGACAAGUACUUCGUUAAUAACAAGUAUAUAUCAAUCCAAUGCUAUCCGAGCAAGGAAGAACAGCAAGAAAUGGCGAAAGAAGAAAAACUAAGAGUGGAGAAACAAAGAGAGACUUUGGCUCUCGAAGGCUUGAAAGAGAAAGCUGACAUUUUGCAAAAAGCCAUCGAGUUCAACGACAGAGAACCGCCAAAAGAAAUGUUGACCUCUGUGCCCAUCCCGAGUUUGAAGUCGAUUAAGUUUCAUAAUUUAGACAGAUACAGAACGGACUCGAAUCCGGAUGGUAGACUGGAUCUGUCUCAGACACCCAUCUUUACUUACUUUGAUCAUUUGAAAACAGGAUUUGUGUUUAUUUAUGGGUUACUAGAUACUUCAAAAGUUCCUCAAGAUUUGAGGGUAUACUUACCUUUACUUUUGGAAAGUUUGCUAGAACUACCAAUUGAAAGAGAUGGUCAAUUAAUUCCUUAUGAAGAUGUAAGUAGCUCAGUUGAAAUCGAUACAGUUACCACAGGAACUUCUAUAGGCUUAGGUGGAGGUAGUUUGUUCUCCUGUGGGUCCUACUCUCAAACAGCAACAUUAGCCAUACAGGUAGAGCCAAGCAAACACGAGAAAGGAAUGCAAUGGCUGCAAGAAUUGCUCUAUAAAACCAAAUUUACUCUAGAUAGAAUUAAAGUUAUUGCUUUAAAAAUGAACAAUACAGUUGCACAGGCUAAAAGAAGCGGUAGAAAUGUCGCUUCUUAUGCCAUGAAAACUUGUGGUAUUCUAAAGGUAAGAACUAACGUUUAUGUAAAUGGAAUACUUCUUCAAAGCAAAUUCUUAUCAGAACUCACCGAAAAACUUAACGGAGACCAAUCUCAAGAAGUGCUAGAUCAGCUUGAGAAGCUUAGAUCCAACAUAACUAGCUCAUCUAAUCUAACACUUUAUCUAGCAGGAAAUUUAGAUAACUUGACUGACCCAGCAAAAACAUUGAAUCAGUUUUAUGUUACUGAAAAUCUAUCCCAAAUUCAAAAGUUAAAGUGUAUUCCAGAUUACGAUCUUUUAAGCGAUCCGGAAUAUGCUCCUAAGCCUGGUUGCAUAAUCGGUUUAGGAUGUAUUGAAUCGUCUUUCUUCUAUCAGACGACCAAGUGUAUUACUUCUUUUGAAGAUAAGGAUCUUCCAGCCUUGAUGCUGUACGUUCAGUAUUUGGUACAAGCGGAGGGUCCAAUGUGGAAACAAAUUCGUGGCAAAGGCUACUCGUACGGUUACAGAAUAGCAGUCAAGGUUAGCGAAGGCCUGCUCUAUCUGAUCUUUGCCAAGGCCACCAACGUCCUUAGUGCCUACCAAGAAGCAAAAGAGAUUGUCAACAAACACGUAAGCACCAAAGAGUGGGACAGUACUCUACUAGAGUCGGCUAAAAGUUCCUUAAUUUUUGAUAUAAUUGAAGAGGAAAAAACGAUCGGCAGUGUGGUCGGCUUGUCGCUUCGAUCGUAUUUUGAUGGUGUCGAUUAUUCUUACAAUAGGAAACUUUUGGAAGCUUUGGAAUAUGUUACAACUGAAGACUUGAACAGAGUCGGUGAUCUCUACAUAACCUCACUUUUCGAUCCUUCGAAAGUUAAAACUGCUUUAGUUACCGACCCUAGCAAAAUACCUGAUACAGCUGCAGGCUUCAAAAAGUUUGGUCUGGAAUUAACUGAGUAUACGUCACUAGGCGACAGCUACCUUAACAAAUUAGUUUGAAUUAUUUGUUGUUGAUAAGUGUAUCAUAAGCAGAAUGUUGUAUUGUUUUCAAUUUAUAAGUUAGAAAAAGGUUAUUGAUUUAAAAAAUCAAAGUUCAGCAAAUUUUGAAAUACGAAAAAAACCGUCGCCACAGUAACCUUUGAAAUGACAAACGAUGAUAAUUUUAUCGGGCCAAACUCUAUAUUAUGUUAUUUAUUCGAAAUUUACUUAAAAACUUGUCAAAAAUUAAUAUUUAAUAUAGAAAAAAGUAGAAAGUUUUGAAGACAAAUUUAUUUUCAAAAAAUAUUUUUGUCUGGAACCUUUUUACUUUUCUCAAAUACUAAUUAUCGACAAGUGUUUUGUCAAUUUUAAUAAAUGACCUAUAGGGGAUCGACCCGAGAAAAUUCUCAUUGAUUUUCAUUCCAAAGGCCACUAUGGCACCUUUUUUGAUAGUAAGUAUGUGAUAGUAAUCAUUUUUUAUUAAAAAUUAUUUUUAAUUUAAAAUUUUGUAACAAAUGGAUAAAUGCAAUUUUAAUGACAGUUACCUAGAAUGGAUAUUGAAAUUAAAAAAAUUAUUAUAAUUAUUACAAUCUAAUUUUAAAAUAUUAUGCACCACUCUGUACUUCUUUGAAUUAUUCUGGUUCACAAAUGAAAGUUUUACAGAAAAAAAAA